AUGUCGGCUAUCUAUAACAAUCCCCUCCACCCUCCCAUCCCCUCCACCUUUCAAUCACCAUUCAACGCUCUAAGUGGCGCCGUCGUCUGUUCAGCCAACGCGCCUCCCUUCGUUUCCCCCUUCCGCCGCCGCCUCCCUCAAAUUCCUUAUACCCCUUCGAGUAAAUGGCGCAACGUUACCGGACGCACGAAUUUGGUUCAUUCUCCCGUACAUUUUGAUUAUCUGGGGUACACAAGGCAGGGUGUACCGAUGCGCGAGCUGAGCACGCGUGGCGCGCAUGCGCUCUCGAGCAUGAUCGUAGGCGCGACCGAUCAAGUUUUUGUUCAUACAGGACUUUCGCGGAUCACGCUCUAUAUAAUCUGGCCGGGAUAUGAGCAUGUCGACUGGAGACGCUCAAUAGAGAUCAUGGUCAAUGGCCCCAUGACACGCGCACAACUUGGAGCUGUUGUUGCAUCGAACUUUGCUCGUUUUAUCGAGAUGACCCGAAAUGAGCGAUCCACCUGUUCUGACUAUAAAAUAGGCACAUCUGGUAUUCUCUUCGAGCACCUUGUCCUCGUUGGACUUCACAACGUCUUUGAAGACGCCUGGCAAGCGGAUGUCGCCGUUGAUCGCCGCUGA